AUGAAUGGUCUCCAAGAGAGCAAUUUCAACAGCAAUAUCCUAGACCAUACAAAUGUAUUCACGAUCAAGGAGGCAAAUUCAUUCGCGAAGCUUGCUACUUGGGGAAUCCAUGAUGGCGGAACCACUAGCAAGAAUGCAACUGCAAAUGCAAUCUGUGAACGAAUGCAUUUGACAGUGGCAAACAUUUUGCGAACCAGAUACAACAAUGCUGCUCCAAGCUUUCAAGUUGCUGUUGAAGCAAUCAAACGAGCUCUUGCUGCUUGUGCUGUAUCAACAGCUUUGAUGAACAAUACUCCUGGUGAGACUGUGUUUCAUUGUGACAUGCUACUAAACAUUCCUGUGAUUGUUGAUCUACUUUCUAUGCAGCAAAAGAGACAAUACAAGAUCAAUGAAAACUUGAGGAGACAGAACGCAAAGCGAAAAGAAUUUGAUUUCAGAAUUGGUGGAGAAGUUUUAAUCAAGAAUACUGAUGGAAGGAAGUUGGAUCCAAAGUACAGAGGUCCAAAAUGUUUAUACUAA